AAAAAUAGUGAAUGAAUUGUAUUUGACACACCGUUUUCCAGAAUUACCUCAAGUUGCUCGCUAUAAAGGUAGAAUUUCAUACUUGCCAGUUCAUGAUGAUGUUUUGCAGUGCUCAACAAAAUUAUGGAAGGAUUUGGAACGUGAAAAGUAUACCAAAGGUCAUUUUGAAUAUCGGCCUGUUGAGAAUUUCAUAGAUUCUGGAUAUGGAGAAGCAAAUGGUAGUAUCAGUAGUAGCUUUCCGAAUUUUUUUAGAAACGAUGACCUUGUGCAGAUGCCUGCUCUUUGUGAACCGGUUGGAUCUGACUGGGAUGUCCUUGAAGGUUAUUUCGUCUACGUUUGCUUAACAAGUCUUUCUCAUUUAGGAAGUGAUCUACCUUAUCUUCCUUGUGCUCGUUUGGAUGAUGACUUCCUAUAUUUAACAUAUGUCGAUUGGAACAACAUUAAAUCACGGCUUGAAUUUGCCAAAAUGAUGCUUGGAAUAAACGACUGCUCACAUUUAUCCCAUUCUUUUUUACAGGUAGUUCCAGUCCGCGCUUGCCGUGUUGAACCAUUAGGCAACUGCGGUGGUCAUAUAGCCAUAGAUGGCGAACCGAUAACUUCUGGCUCAGCAUUUCAAGUGAUACCAACCAGACAUUGUGCAACAGUUAUUGGACGGAGCCAACGACGUUAAUUAUUGUCAAUGACUGGUGGAAUUUUAC